CACACACUGAGAUUUCGCACAUUGCUCGCAGAUCUGAUCCAAUUUUCAACUUUUUCGGAGAAUCUGUUCUGCUGUGUGCAUCUCGCAUUGGUUCCUCCAUCUGCAUUUCCAUCAAAUUGCAUUUUUAUCGGAUAAUUUGAAUCGGAUUUUGCUCAAUUUGUUGGAGGCAGCAAAGAUGAAGGUGAUAGAGAAGAUCCAGGCGGCGGCUGCGGCGAAUGACGACCGAGUGGUGUUCUCGUUCGAGUUCUUCCCGCCGAAGACGGAGGACGGCGUCGAGAAUCUCUUCGACAAGAUGGAGCGGAUGGUGGCGCACAACCCCGCCUUCUGCGACAUCACCUGGGGCGCCGGCGGAUCCACGGCGGAUCUGACGCUGGAGAUCGUCAAGCGGAUGCAGAACAUGGUGUGUGUUGAGAGCAUGAUGCAUCUCACCUGCACAAACAUGCCUGUCGAGAAGAUCGACCACGCUCUCACCACGAUCAAGUCGAAUGGGAUUCAGAACGUGCUUGCCCUCCGCGGCGAUCCCCCGCACGGUCAGGAUAAGUUCGUCCAGGUCGAGGGAGGCUUUGCGUGCGCGCUUGAUCUCGUCAAGCAUAUGCGUGCACAGUAUGGCGACUACUUUGGGAUUACUGUUGCCGGCUAUCCAGAGGGGCAUCCUGACAUUAUUGAGAACGGAUUGGCCCCAGAGGCAGCAUAUCAGAGUGACCUUGCUUAUCUCAAGAAAAAGGUUGAUGCUGGAGCUGAUGUCAUUGUAACUCAACUCUUCUACGACACGGACAUCUUCCUUAAAUUUGUGAAUGACUGCCGUCAAAUUGGAAUCACCUGUCCGAUUGUACCUGGCAUUAUGCCCAUUAACAAUUACAAGGGCUUCAUUCGCAUGACUGGUUUUUGCAAAACUAAGAUCCCGUCUGAGGUCAUGGAGGCCUUGGAGCCUAUCAAGGACAAUGAAGAGGCUGUUAGGGCCUACGGUAUUCACCUAGGAACAGAAAUGUGCAAGAAGAUUCUGGCUAGUGGGAUCCGAACUCUGCAUCUGUAUACCUUAAACAUGGAGAAAUCUGCUUUGGCAAUAUUGGCGAAUCUUGGACUGAUUGAGGAGUCCAAAAUUUCAAGGUCUCUACCAUGGAGACGCCCGACAAAUAUUUUCAGGGUAAAAGAAGAUGUUCGCCCAAUUUUCUGGGCUAAUCGUCCUAAGAGCUAUAUAUCCCGAACUAUUGGUUGGGACCAAUACCCACAUGGUCGAUGGGGAGAUUCGCAGAAUGCAUCAUAUGGAGCACUUACAGAUUAUCAGUUCAUGCGACCACGCUCCCGUGACAAGAAGCUUCAAGAAGAAUGGGCUGGUCCUUUGAAAAGUGUUGAAGAUAUUUAUGAGAAAUUUAUGUCCUUCUGCCUUGGGAAACUUAGAAGCAGUCCAUGGUCCGAGCUAGAUGGGCUUCAGCCAGAGACCAAAAUCAUUAAUGAGAAUCUGGGUAAUAUUAACUUGAAAGGUUUUCUCACUAUCAACAGCCAACCUGCUGUUAACGGAGCUAAGUCUGACUCUCCAACUGUUGGAUGGGGAGGGCCAGGCGGGUACGUAUACCAGAAGGCAUACGUAGAAUUUUUCUGCUCCCCGGAGAGGUUGACUGCUCUUGUUGAAAAAUGCAAACAGUUCCCCCGUCUUACCUACUUGGCUGUCAACAAAGAAGGAACCUUGAAGUCUAAUGUCAGCAAUAACGACGUGAACGCGGUCACAUGGGGCGUCUUCCCCGCAAAGGAGAUAAUCCAGCCUACCGUUGUCGACCCCGCUAGCUUCGUGGUGUGGAAGGACGAAGCAUUCGAAAUCUGGUCGAGGGUGUGGGCCAAUCUCUACCCUGAAGCAGACCCAUCCCGAAAAGUGAUCGAGGAGGUGAAGAGCAGCUAUUACUUGGUGAGUUUGGUCGACAACGACUACGUCCACGGUGAUCUGUUUGCUGUUUUCAACAGCAUUUGAUAUGAUUUAAUGCAUAUGUUUGAUUUUCAACUAGUACUAUGAUUUCCAUGUAUCGAACAGCAAUUCAUCAUUCUUGGCCGAGCUCAGGCUCUUCUGCUAUGUACUAUUAUUGUCUUCAAAUUGGAUUUUGGCACUCACAACUCGUCAUGUAACCUUAUACUAUAAAUUUAUAUGACAUUGUUCAAAUGUCACACGUAUAAGCAAUAUAUUUUUCAAUUCUGUUAA